AUGAUUGGACAAAGCAAGAUAUCAUCAUUCUUUACAAAAGUUAAUUCUAAAAGAACCUCUGAUGAAGCUCCUGAUGAUCAAAAAGCUCCGAGUGCAACAAAGAAACCAAAGUUUGAUGAAUCUGAAGCAAAAGAUGAUGAAACAAAACCUGCUUCAAAAUCAACCAAUGAAGUAGCUCAUCUCUCACCAACAAAAGAUGUGAUCCCCACACAUGCAACACCCACCUCUUCACCAGAAUCUAAAACACCAAUAUCCCCAGAGCAAAGGUCAAGAAUGUUCCAAAGUAAGCUAGCUGCUUCCAUUAAGUUGGCUGAGAAAAAGACACAUGGUUUACUAGUGAACUGUGGACAGUCAUGGUUCACUGCGCUGGAACCUGAAUUUUCAAAAGAAUACUUCAUCAAGUUAGGUGAAUUUGUUGCCUCUGAGAGAAAGAGGUACACCAUAUACCCCCCUGCUGAACAAGUGUUCUCAUGGACAAACAACUUUGAUAUCAACAAGACAAAAGUAGUGAUACUAGGUCAGGACCCAUAUCAUGGUCCAAAGCAAGCCCAUGGUCUGGCCUUUAGUGUGCAAAAAGGUAUAUCCCCACCUCCAAGCUUGGUUAAUAUAUACAAGGAACUAGCCACAGACAUAGAGGGAUUCCAGCACCCUGGCCAUGGUACCCUAACUGGAUGGGCAGAUCAAGGUGUUCUAAUGUUGAAUGCGUGUCUCACUGUGCGUGCAAGUCAAGCCAACUCACACAAGGACAGGGGAUGGGAGAAGGUUACAGAUGCUGUGAUCCGUUGGCUGAAUAAGAACCUGUCAGAUGUGGUUUUUAUUCUCUGGGGAUCAUACGCUCAAAAGAAAGGCACUUUCUUGGACAAGAGAAAGCACCAUAUCUUGAAAGGAGUUCACCCAUCCCCCCUCUCAGCACAUAGGGGGUUCAUGGGUUGUAAACAUUUCUCUAAGUGCAAUCAACUGCUAGAACAAUCAGGCAAGACACCCAUAGACUGGACACAUUUGCCUCCCAUGGAUUAGACCACUAAUUUGGGCUUGUGGAUGAAGUGUUUAAACUUGAGAUACAGAUGAUCUGAUAAUAGGGAAAACAUCUAGAAGGAUGGGAAGGAUAAAUCA